AGUGCAACGGCAGCCGCGAGCGGCGGGACGUGCAUGCGACGAAGCAGCAACUCUCUCUCUCUCUCUCUCUGCGCCACCGCCACCAUGGCAGCGGCAGCGCAGGCCGCGUGCUCCCAUGGCGUCGUGCGGUCGUGCCCUCUCUUCGAUCCCCGCGGGAAUCGCGGCCCCCCGGUUCCUCCUGCGGAGAGGCCCCCCACGCUCCGUCUCCCUCCUCCACAAAGGUGCAUUCCAGCUAAAUCGGGUGAGAGGAAACCGGGGGGGGGGGGGGGGGGGGGGGUGAAAGGAGUUUGAGGGAGAGGGAGAGGGAGGAGAGGAGUGGAGGUAGAGGGGAUCAACUCCGGUCGGCGGCGGGAUGUCGAUGUCGGGGUCGGACUUCGGCGCCCCGUGCGACGACCCCAAGAUCUUCCGCAACAUCUGCCGGGAUCGUAUACUCAAGGACUUGCUGCAGCCGGACAAAGAUAAGGAGACCAAAAGCUCAUGGAAGGUUCUUAUCAUGGACAAAUUUACGGUGAGGAUCAUGGCUUAUGCCUGCAAGAUGGCAGAAAUUACCGAUGCAGGAAUCUCGUUGGUUGAAGAUCUUUUCAAGCGAAGGGAGCCCAUGCCUUCCAUGGAUGCAAUCUACUUCCUCCAGCCACUGAAAGAAAAGUAUUAUUCGAUCGCCAUUGACCACUUGCUUUCGUUUUAUCAUUCUGCAGCAGCAAAAUUGAUCGCAAGUACCAUAUGCGUGGAUGUCAUAAUGCUUCUAUCUGACAUGUCUGGGAGAUGUCCACUGUACAGGAAGGCAUACAUAUUCUUUAGUUCACCGAUUCCUAAGGAGCUGGUCUCUUACAUAAAGAACGACAGCAGUGUGAUACCACGUAUUGGUGCACUAAGAGAGAUGAAUUUGGAGUUCUUUGCAAUUGACAUGCAGGGAUUCACAACUGACCAUGACAUGGCAUUCACUGAUUUAUAUAGUGCUCAGCACAACUCGAAAAAGUUCAAUGACACUAUAAGCACUAUGGCUACUCGCAUUGCUACCACAUUUGCUUCGUUGAAGGAAUUUCCUUGUGUGCGGUAUCGUGCCCCAAAGGGCACAGAUCCAAUGACAACACCAAAAUUUGACAUGGUUCCAAAAUGGUUAGCGACUGCUGUUUGGGAUAUUGUGUCAAAAUAUAAAUCAACAAUACCUGAAUUUCCCCAGAAGGAGACAUGUGAACUGCUCAUUGUCGACAGGCCUAUAGAUCAGAUAGCACCUGUUAUUCAUGAAUGGACCUAUGAUGCAAUGUGCCAUGAUCUACUUGAAAUGGAUGGCCAAAAAUACAUAUAUGAGGUGUCGAAAGCGGGAUCAGAACCUGAGAGAAAGGAGGCUUUAUUGGAGGAUCAUGAUCCUCUCUGGGUUGAGCUUCGCCACAUUCACAUAGCUGAUGCUAGUGAGAGGUUGUAUGAUAAGAUGAAUAACUUUGUUUCAAAGAAUAAAGCAGCUCAACUUCAUUCAAGAGAUGGUGGUGAAAUUUCUACAAAGGAUCUGCAGAAGAUCGUUCAAGCUUUGCCACAAUACGGUGAACAAGUUGAGAAAUUGACCCUCCAUAUAGAGAUUGCUGGAAAAAUCAACAAGUUUAUCAGAGAGUAUGGUCUCCGUGACAUUGGGCAGGUGGAGCAGGAUCUAGUUUUUGGAGAUGCAGCAGCCAAGGAGGUGAUCAGUAUCCUCAGGUCAAAGCAGGAUAUGAGCCCAGAAAACAAAUUGAGGUUGCUUAUUAUAUAUGCAAUUGUAUAUCCAGAGAAGUUUGAAGGUGACAAAGGGGAAAAGUUGAUGCAGCUAGCAAAACUGCCACAUGAUGAGAUGGAUGCCAUAAAUAGUUUAAGAUACUUGGUUGGUUCAGAUACAAAAAAGGCAUCACGGCCUGGCGGCUUCUCUCUCAAAUUUGAUGCACAAAAGAAAAAAAAUGCUGCGAGGACAGAACGGCAGGAUGGCGAUGAAACCUGGGCAUUAUCACGUUUUUUCCCACUUAUAGAGGAGUUGAUUGAGAAACUGAGCAAAGGUGCAUUACCUUUGAAUGAAUACCCAUCCAUGAGUGAACCCAGUUCCACUGAACAAGGAUCUACACAAAGUGCAGCCGCGACUAAACCAGCACAAGCACAACCCAUGUCCAGGAGAUCGCGGCGGACACCAACCUGGGCUAAGUCUCGAAACUCUGAUGAUAGUCAAUCAAGUGACUCCUCGGUCUUGAGACAUGGAUCUAAUGACUUCAAGAGGCUAGGCAACCGAAUUUUUGUCUUCAUGAUUGGUGGAGCCACUAGAUCGGAACUGCGGACGGUGCACAAGCUUACUAUGAAACUGAAGCGCGAAAUUGUCCUGGGAUCUUCUAGCAUAGAUGACCCUCCACAAUUUAUUUCGAAGCUGAAGAUGCUAACUGCAGGUGGUGCCAAUGACGUCUAAACUUCGCACUUAGUUUGCAAAUCAACCGAUGAAACAAACUUGUCACCUUUUGAAACCCAUUGCUACGAACAGUUAGAAACGUUGGAUGUCAUCAAUGACUGGACUACUCACAAUAAUUACACGAUUUUUUCAUAGUCUAGUAUAUAUACCAAGUGAGAAGAAGUGUCAAAUGUACUUAAAACAUGUAUGUAGACAACAUAUUUUGCCCACAUUAUUUAUUCUUCUUUCAGAUGUAAAACGUAGAACAGUUGCGACAGUUGUUUUGCCCAAAUUUGUAUAUUUAUGAACACUACAACAAUGACAUGGUGACGAUUACACUCAUGGAUCAAUCGAUUCCGAUAAUUCGUCGUGAAA